ACUGUGUUGGUGUCAAGUGCUAUUGCCACAUACUAUUCAUAAUCACAACGCAAUAAAAUUCCAAUCAGAAAUAAUUUCAAAAUUAUCAUUUUUGAACGAUGGCUGAUGAAGAGCAAAAACUUAAAGCAGGACAUCCGCCUGCAGUGAAAGCUGGCGGCAUGCGAAUCGUGCAACACAAAAGUACAAACGCUGAGCGACCUGGCAAAGAUCCCGUCGAGGUAAUUGGCUUGUCGAAUCCGGCGCCAGCUGUGCAAACAGACGUCGUGGCAACGAGUAAAGACACGCAUAACGUGUCACACAAAGAGCAUCCGGCGCAUCAUCAGAAACCCGUGCAAAAUGUCCCGAAGCCAGUCGUGCAUAACAUUCAACAGCCUCAAAAGUAGAUUUUUUCGCUACUUUAAUACAACAAAAAAAAAUGAUUCCAAGCUCAUGAUGAUUCACGGAUCUCGUACGUCGGAUUUUCGGUGCAUUUUGACAUGUCUGCCUGCAUGCGUGCCAUGCAUUUAAUUUUUAAAAUUUUUCUUAUUUACAAAAGUCUUGAUUGAAAAAAGUUACUUAAAAUAAUGUGGAAUUAAUUGAAAAAAAUAUAUUUCGAAGGUGAUAUUUGGAGUUAUUAAAUUGAAGCAAAUCAAGAUAUUCAAAAUUAUUUACAGGAAAUUAUUUGAAAUAAAAAAUUUUUCUAAUCAUUGA